CCCUCCCUAAAAGCCCACUCGGCCAUGUGGGAGUGCCAUGUGUUGUGAGUGUUCAGUGCGAGCGAAGAUGUCAGAACAAGAGCAGCAACUCGUUAAAAAGAAGGGUAAAACUAUUUCCACUAUUUGGAAGUACUUUGGCUUUCAGGAGUCCGACGUGGAGCAAAACAAAGUACAGUGCAGGAUUUGUUACCAGGUUGUGUUGGCACCACACGCUAACACAACCAAUCUCUUUAAUCAUCUGAAAUACAACCACUAAGUGCAAUACGACGUUACGCAAUGCCGUCUCGGUAUUAUUUCAGCAGGUCUGCGCUGCCUGCGCUAUUUGACAAAUGCCGUGGGGAAGUUGAGAGAGAUGUGGCUUCAGCUGACUACUUUGCCACCACAACGGACCUAUGGUCUAGCCGCACCAUGGAGCCAUACAUGAGCCUCACAGUUCAUUAUAUCGAUGCCGAUUUCAAUUUGAAGACAAAGUGUCUCCAAACCGCAUUUUUCCCUGAAGACCACACGGGGCAAAACAUCGCCCAUGGACUGAGGGAAGCGAUGGCUGCUUGGGGGUUAAAAGAGGAUCAACUCGUCUGUAUGACUACGGACAAUGCCGCAAAUAUAAAGCUGGCGGCUGAGGUCAAUGGAUGGAUGAGGCUCCAGUGCUUCGGGCAUAGACUCCACUUGGCCAUAGAGAAUGCAAUGAAGGAUCCCAGGAUCGGCCGUGCAAUGGGGCUUUGCAAGAAGCUGGUCAGCAGCUUCUCCUACAGUUGGAAAAAGAAGCGUGAACUUGCAGUGGCACAGCAGCAGCUGAAUCUGCCUGAACACUCCCUAAAGACAGAAUGUCCAACCAGAUGGGGAUCUAGGCAGGCCAUGAUCGACAGGGUCCUCGAGCAGCAGAAGGCCAUUGCCCAGGUCCUUUCCAGCGACCGAAAAACCAGACAUCUCUCCCUCACGUGACAGGACGUUGAUGUACUGGAGGCAAUCAAUAAGUCGCUUAGCCCUCUGGUGGAAUUCACAGACGCACUUUCUGGAGAGAAGUAUGUAAGUGUGUCUUUUUUUAAACCAACCCUGCACCUCCUCAACAACUCAUUGCUGGCAGUGCAGGAGGA